UGGACUUCCGGCCCUCCCCACCUCCCCCUUCACCCCCACCAGCCCUUCGGCAAGCUCCCAGGAGGGCGUCCAGGCCAACCCCGCCGCUGUCUUGCGGCGACUCCCAGCUACGAGUUUUCAGCUACCGAAGGUUGGAUAUCGGACAUGAAUUACUCACGGUUCCUCACGGCCACGAGCGCAGCGAGAAAGCCUUCUGCCAUCCGAAUCAUGACUGAGACAUUGAGCAGGGCACCGAAAUCGGUCAUCUCCUUGGCUACUGGAUCACCAAACCCCAAUACCUUCCCUUUUAAGACUGCUGUUAUCACCGUAGACAAUGGAGAGCCCAUCCAGUUUAAUGAAGAGAUGAUGAAGAGAGCACUUCAGUAUUCUCAGAGUGCUGGAAUCCCCGAGCUGUUGUCCUGGCUAAAACAGUUACAAAUAAAAUUGCAUAAUCCUCCCACCAUCAAUUAUCCAACCAGCCAAGGAAAAAUGGACUUAUGUGUAACAUCUGGCAGCCAAGACGGCCUUUGUAAGGUGUUUGAAAUGAUCAUUAAUCCUGGAGAUAAUGUCCUCCUUAAUGAACCUGUUUACUCAGGAACACUUCACGCUCUAAUGCCACUGGGCUGCAACAUUAUUAAUGUUUCCAGUGAUGAAUAUGGUAUUAUUCCAGGCUCCCUCAAAGAAGUACUUUCCAAAUGGAAACCAGAAGACUCAAAAAACCCCAAGAGAAACACCCCCAAAUUUCUUUACACUGUCCCAAACGGCAACAACCCUACCGGAAACUCAUUAACAACUAACCGCAAGAAGGAAAUCUAUGAGCUUGCAAGAAAAUAUGAUUUCCUCAUAAUAGAAGAUGAUCCUUACUAUUUUCUCCAGUUCAACAAGUCCUGGGCACCAACAUUUCUUUCCAUGGACGUUGAUGGGCGUGUCAUCAGAGCUGACUCUUUUUCAAAAGUCCUCUCCUCUGGGUUGAGACUAGGGUUUAUAACUGGUCCAAAACCCUUGAUAGAGAGAGUUGUCUUACACACACAAGUUUCAACUGUGCACCCCAGCACUUUUACACAGCUUCUAGUAUCACAGCUUCUACACCAAUGGGGAGAAGAAGGUUUCCUGGCUCAUGUAGAGAGGGUUACUGAUUUCUAUAGGAAGCAGAAGGAUGCAUUACUGGCAGCUGCAGACAAAUGGUUAAGUGGUUUGGCAGAAUGGCAUGUUCCUACUGCUGGAAUGUUUUUAUGGCUUAAAAUUAAGGGCAUUUAUGAUGUAAAACAAGUGAUUGAAGAAAAAGCCAUUAAGAAAGAGAUAUUCAUGCUUCCUGGAAAUGUUUUCUACACUGAUACCUCAGCACCUAGCCCUUACUUUAGAGUGUCCUUCUCUUCAGCUUCUCCAGAACAAAUGGAUAUGGCCUUCCAGAGAUUAUCCCAAAUUAUUAAAGAAUCUUUAUGAAGAAAUCUUUAUAGUACUCAUGGAUUUUUCAGAUAAAUUAUUUUUAUGAUUUAGCAGGAAGAAAUGAUCGUUGGCAUUAGACUUACAGGUUAGAUUUCAUCAAACGUGUCAUAUCUGUAGUAAUUUAACUAGAUGACUUUUAAAGUGCCCUUAAAUUCAUCAGAUUGCCAAAAUAUAUUUAUAAUCUACUUAUACCUUUUGAUAAAUAUUCAACCUGAAAAUUAUUUUUAUCCUGGAUUUUAUUGUAAAGAACUCUAGCUGCUCUAUGGUUUCCCAUAAAUUUUCUUUGAAACUUAACAUUUUACAGUAAAUUAUUUUGAAAAUGUAAGAAAAUAAAUUCAAAAUGGUAUAUAAUGUGAACUCUUUCAAUUUUUAGGAAAAUUUAAUGAAAGCUUGUUGCAAAAAUUGUUAGGAUUUGUCCAUUGUAAAUGAUUUUCAGUAAGAGGACUAGAGACAUUAUGUUGUACCAUAGAUAUCCCUUUAAAAUAAAAUUCUGAAACUAAGCACA